AUGGACAAGUCAUGUCGUAAACGAGGCAAGUUAGCGGCCGGGAAGUCCACCUUUGUGCGAGUUCUCCAGAGGGCGUCGUCAGACUGGGAGGUCAUACCUGAACCCAUCGGCAAGUGGUGCAAUGUCCACAAUGACAGCGGGGACGUUUACCAGGAGCUGAGUUCCUCCCAGAAGAGCGGAGGAAAUCUGCUACACAUGGUCUACGACAAACCCAGCCGUUGGUCCUACACCUUCCAGAGUUACGCAUUUCCCAGCAGAGUUCGCGCCCAGCUUCAGUCGCCAUCAGUCAAACUUCAGCAGGCGGAAAAUCCAAUUCAGUUCUUCGAGCGUUCCGUCUACUCGGACAGGUACGUGUUUGCGUCCAACCUGUUUGAGUCUGGCAACAUGAGCGAGACGGAGUGGAGCGUCUACCAGGACUGGCACGGAUGGUUGCUCGGUAGCUUUGAGGAGGACAUCGCCCUCGACGCCAUCAUUUAUCUGAGAGCCGACCCACAGGUGAAGGCCCCCGCCGCGCACAUUCGUCACACGUCGACACUGGACUUUGACUACCUGAAUCAUCUUCCUGUCCUCGUUUUGGACGUCAACGACAACUUCAAGAACGAUGGCAUCAAACAGGAAGCGAUCAUUGACAAGGUCAAAGAGUUUCUCUCCACGUUGUAGGAGACCCUUUCACUGUGGACUAAAUCAACCUUUGCAGUCUUCUUGCGUGUCUUGUCCCACGCCGACACUCAGGAUGCAAUAAAGCAAGUAGACACAUUCAUUGGAUAUAUGUCUUGCUCGUCAUGAGGACUUCUGAGCGUUACUAAGAAGACCAUCCACAAAACUCUCACCUUGGAUUAUUUAUAUGAGUUUUAAAUCUGUCAGACGCCGACUGGAGUCUUUGAGAUCUUGUUUUUAUUUAAAAUUAAAGCUUGUCAUGGUA